UCGAACCUGAAUCUCAUUGAAAAGCUUCUGCGAUAUAAUCUCAUGCUGAGGUUUUAUUUUAGCAGAAUGAUUUGAUGAUACUGGCUGUUUCCUGCUAGUGGGCAUUUCCAUAGCCACCCCGCUUUCCCGCCCCCGCCCCCAAAACCAAUGUGUGGGUCCUCAUCGUUCACAUGCUGUGUUAAGAUGGCGGAUCUUCAAAUGAAAAUUAUCCGCAAAAAGUUGCAAAAGAAAAACGCCAAAAUUAAACGGAUCAAUUCAGCGGUGGGAGAAAAAGUGGUCAAACAAAAGAAUGUGGAAAAUGAAACACUGCAAGAGUCAAUAGGUGAUCAAGAAAGCACUCCAAAAGAAUUGAAAGAAGAACAAAGGCUUACGAAGGAUGAAAGCGAACAAAAACCAGUAUCAAAUAUCAAAAAGAAAAACAAAAGAAAGCUUGCAACUAAAAUUCAGGAAACUGAAAUCAAAAAACCAAAGAAUGUUGAACCAAAGGAGGAUAGUGACCUGGAGAUGAUCAAAGCUGGUGACUUAGAAAUGAUACAGGAUGAAAAGGAUGAGGAAAAUGAAGAACAGUCUGAAGAUGAUGGAGGACCAACUUUGCCUUUGGGGUUAACAGGUGCUUUUGAAGACACUGCUUUUUCCUCUUUGGCUGACAUGAUUAGUGAGAAUACUUUGAAAGGGAUUGCUGACAUGAGCUUUACUCAUAUGACACUCAUUCAACAGAAAAGUAUCCGACCUUUACUGGAGGGCAGGGAUAUUUUGGCUGCUGCAAAGACAGGCAGUGGAAAGACAUUGGCAUUUCUCAUUCCUGCCAUUGAACUGAUCUACAAACUUAAAUUCAUGCCCAGAAACGGAACGGGUGUCCUCAUUCUUUCACCAACUCGAGAAUUAGCCAUGCAGACCUAUGGUGUUCUGAAAGAAUUAAUGGCGCACCAUGUUCAUACUUAUGGCUUACUCAUGGGAGGCAGCAACAGAACUGCAGAAGCACAAAAAUUGGCAAAUGGAAUUAACAUCAUAAUAGCCACUCCUGGCAGACUUCUGGAUCAUAUGCAGAACACGCCAGGAUUUAUGUACAAGAACCUGCAGUGUUUGAUAAUAGAUGAAGCAGACCGUAUCCUCGAAGUGGGAUUUGAAGAAGAGUUGAAACAGAUAAUUCGACUUCUGCCAAGGCGACGACAAACAAUGCUUUUCUCUGCUACACAAACUCGCAGAGUGGAAGAUUUAGCAAAAAUCUCACUGAAGAGGGAACCUUUGUAUGUCGGUGUUGAUGAUGACAAAGAAACUGCUACUGUAGAAGGCCUUGAGCAAGGUUAUGUAGUUUGCCCAUCCGAAAAAAGAUUCCUCUUACUCUUCACUUUUCUAAAGAAGAAUCGCAAGAAGAAGAUCAUGGUUUUUUUCUCAUCGUGCAUGUCUGUGAAAUAUCACUAUGAGCUUUUGAACUACAUUGACCUACCUGUUCUGGCGAUUCACGGAAAGCAAAAACAGACAAAACGUACAUCCACCUUCUUCCAGUUCUGUAAUGCGGCUGAUGGAAUACUGCUGUGUACAGAUGUCGCUGCCAGAGGGCUGGAUAUUCCUGAAGUAGACUGGAUUGUACAGUAUGAUCCCCCUGAUGAUCCAAAGGAAUAUAUCCACCGUGUGGGCAGGACUGCAAGAGGAAUUAAUGCACGAGGGCAUGCGUUACUUAUUCUGAGAGCAGAAGAACUGGGUUUCCUUCGUUAUCUCAAACAGGCCAGGGUACCAUUGAAUGAGUUUGAGUUUUCCUGGAGCAAGAUCGCAAAUAUUCAAGUUCAGCUUGAAAAGCUAAUUGAAAAAAAUUACUACUUGCACAAAUCAGCACAGGAAGCUUACAAGUCUUACAUCCGUGCCUAUGAUUCUCAUUCUCUCAAAGAGAUAUACAGUGUUCGCACCCUGGAUCUGCCCAAAGUAGCACUUUCAUUUGGCUUCAGAGUACCACCAUAUGUUGAUCUUAAUGUAAAUGCCAGCAGAGGGAUGAAACUGAAGAAGAGAGGUGGUGGAGGUGGAUUUGGGUACCAGAAGGCCAAAAAUGUCUAUAAAGCAAAGAUCUUCAAGCAAAUUGGCAAGAGGAAAUCAGACAAGAGGCAGUUUUCCCGUUAAAUAGCCCAAACACAGCUGCAUUUUUAUUUUUCCUUUGUGACUAUACAAAGGAUUGGAAUUGUCCUCUAAAAUAAAUGCCUUGCAUUCAGCAACUUUGGCAACUUCCAACAAUAUAGAUUUAAAGCAGUCUGUAAUUGACUCAGUCACAAUUCUACUCAUGUAAAACUAUUAUCUUUGCACAUGAUCUUUUAUAGAAUGUUAUUUAAAUGCAUUUAAUUUGAUUUAUAAACAGUUUUAGAGUCAAUCUGUAAAUUGUGAUGAUGAUAGAAUAGAUUGAACAAUAUUAAGGGGCACAUUGCCAUGUCUUUUUCUCAGGUUCAGCAAAGCAUUUCCCACUGAGCCAAUGUGUUUUUUAAGAUGUGUAACAGGCCCAGGGAUAUUGAUAGUUUUGUUGAAUAUGUAAUCUGAAAAUGUAAAAAUGUUCACUUUUCUGACUAAUAAACCAUUCCAUGUUUGGUAAUCUACACAAAAGUCCAUCCAAUGCCAUCCAAAGGAGGAAAAGCUGAUAAGAUUCUUCCUGUAGAAGAGCAUGACGUGUUCAGUGCUCUGAGCGUUAGCUGAUUAUA